AUGGGCAUGGCCCUAUACCGCAGGGCUGUGCUCGCCGCCUCUUUCCCCCGCCCCUCCGCCAUCCGCGCCACCGCCGCGCGUCUCGCUCCCACGGCUCGUGCCGGCAUCCUGGCGCUUGCGGGAAUAGGUGGAAGAGACAGACAGCUGUUAGCCUCCGCCCGCGGCGGAGACAGGGGCGCAGGAAUCGGCGCAAUAAGAAGGGUGUCCAUCGGCGCGGGGGGCGGCGCAGCGGACGCGCAGCUGCGGUUGGCGGAGGAGAGGGAUGGUGGCGCGAAAGUAGUGCGGGCUAGCGCGUCUGGUGGGGCGGAGGAGGGGAAGGAGGGGCGGGGCAAGGGGAGAGGGGGGAAGAAGAGCAAAUGGAGCUACGGCGCAGAGCACAUUCAGGUGCUGGAGGGGUUGGAGCCGGUGCGGAGGCGGCCAGGCAUGUACAUCGGCAGCACCGGGCCCCGAGGCCUGCACCACCUGGUGUACGAGGUGGUGGACAACGCCAUCGACGAGGCGCAGGCAGGCCAUGCCAGCACGGUGGACGUGCUGCUGGGGGCGGACGGGUCUGUGUGCGUCACUGACAACGGCCGCGGGAUUCCAACGGACAUCCAUCCAUCAACGGGCAAGUCAGCACUAGAGACCGUGCUCACAGUGCUGCAUGCGGGCGGCAAGUUCGGGGGCGACUCAAGCGGUUACCGCGUGUCGGGAGGGCUGCAUGGCGUGGGCGUGUCGGUCGUCAACGCUCUCUCCCAGGUGCCAUCAGUCAGGUGCCUCUCUCAGGUGCCUCUCAUGCACAUGUGCGUUGGUCCUCCUAUCCAUUUCCGGCGCGCAUGCGCGAAGCACAUCUCUCUAAGCUUGGCCGCAGACGCACUGCACACCCACCACCUCUCCUUCCCUCCCCGUUCCCCUGCUCCGCCCACCCCCACACCAACCCCCAUGUCCCCCCCGAAGUGGCUGGAAGCACGGGUGUGGCGGGACGGGCAGCAGUAUGCGCAGCGGUUUGAGAGGGGCGUGCCCGUGGGGGGGAUGAGGGUGGAGGAGGAGGGGGGUGCAGGGGCACACGAGGGGGACGCGCAGCGCACAGGCACGCAAAUACACUUCCUGCCCGACCCCGCAGUGUUCACCACCACCACGGCGCUGGACUUCACCACCAUCGCUGCGCGCCUCAGAGAGCUCGCCUUCCUCAACCCCCAGGUGGUGAUUCACCUGAAGGAGGAGGCGGGGCGAUCAGCGGACUUCCACUUUGCGGGCGGGCUGCUGGAGUUCGUGCGCUGGCUCAACAGCGAGAAGGUGCGCUGGCUCAACAGCGAGAAGGUGGGCAUGCACACGGCAGUUCGUGAGCUAGUGUGCAUGGAGUGUGAGUGGACAUGGGGCGGGCGAGGCGAGCCCACGACUGUCCUUGGCUGCCUCAACUGGCUGAACAAGCUGAGCCAGCCGGCACUCAACACCCACCCCUUCCCCGCCAUGCAUGCAUGUCCGCGCAUACCUGAACUGCAGACGCCCAUGCACGAGGCGCAGUGUGUGGAGGAGGAGAGGGACGGGGUGGGGGUGGCAGUCGCAUGGCAGUGGAGCGGUGACGCGUACAGCGAUGCAGUGGUGGGGUAUGCCAACAGCAUCCGCACCUCCGAUGGCGGCACUCACAUCGACGGCGCCAAGGCUGCCUUCACCCGCACCCUCAACGCUGCUGCGCGCAAGCACAGGCUGCUCAAGGAGAAGGAGGAGAACCUGGCAGGCGAGCACUUAAGAGAGGGGCUCACGUGUGUGGUGGCCGUCAAAGUGGCCAACCCCGAGUUCGAAGGGCAGACCAAGACGCGGCUGGGCAAUCCAGGAGUGCGUAAGGUGGUGGACGGGGUGGUGAGCGACGCCCUGGCAGCGUUCCUGGACGCCAACCCCGCAGCGUGUGAGGCCAUCCUCUCCAAGGCACUCGACGCCUAUAAGGCUGCCGAAGCAGCGAAGAAGGCUCGGGAGUUGGUUCGGCGGAAGAGUGUGUUGAAGUCGGCCAUGCUGCCGGGCAAGCUGGCGGACUGCUCGUGUGACGACCCCGCCAAGUCAGAGGUGUUCAUCGUGGAGGGGGACUCCGCCGGUGGCAGCACCAAGCAGGGCCGUGACAGACGCCUUCAGGCGGUGCUGCCCCUGCGUGGCAAGAUCCUGAACGUGGAGCGCAAGGAUGAUGCCGCCAUUUACAAGAACCAGGAGCUGCAGAACCUCAUCCUCGGCCUCGGGCUCGGCCUCCGGGGCGAGGAGUUUGAUCACAAGGCACUGCGCUACCAUCGCAUCAUUCUGCUCACUGAUGCCGAUGUCGACGGCGCUCACAUCCGCACGCUGCUCCUCACCUUCCUCUUCCGCUACCAGAGAGCGCUGUUUGAGAACGGCCAUGUCUAUGUUGGCGUUCCCCCGCUUUACAAGGUGGAGGUGGGGCGCCAGGCGCCAGUGUACUGCUACAGCGAGGCGGAGCUGCAGGCGCACCUGCGCUCGCUGCCCGCCUCCGCGUCCCCCACCAUCCAGCGCUUCAAAGGCCUGGGCGAGAUGAUGCCGGCACAGCUGUGGGAGACGACACUGGACCCCAGCCAGAGGCGGCUGAAGCUCAUUACUGUGGAGGAGGCGGCGCAGGCCAGUGUCACCCUCUCCGUGCUCAUGGGGGAUAAGGUGGGGCCGCGUAAAGAGUUGAUUCAGACUGUGGGAAGCAGGAUGGCAGCAGCUGGCAUGCUCGACAUCUAG